GUCAAAGCUCGGUGCCGAGCUCGUUGUUUUGUGUACAUCGUUCUCAGGAGCAAAAUAUUUAUCGCUGGAUUCGCGAAUAAUAUUCUUCAGUGAAAUACUAUUUCCGUCGUAUCGCUUUCAAUGACAAAUACGCAAUUAAGCUAAACGGCAUCAAAUAAAUAGAAACUAUCCGUUAACGGGAGUGUAAUUGUUGAAGGUUAACCCUCCAGCAUGCUGAACGCGUUAGGAGUGAUCGUGUCCGGGAGGCUGGUUCAAACCGACUUCCAGCAGAUAACGGACGUGCAGUAUCUGAUCAAUAUCCCGGAGGCGGACAAUGUGAAUCACGUUGUUGUCUUCCUAACCGGAACGACGCCGUUUGCCGAAGGGAUGGCUGGGGCCGUCUAUUUCAGCUGGCCGGAUCCAAAUGCACCACCGACUUGGCAAUUCCUUGGGUACAUCUCCAAUUCGAAACCAUCGGCCAUUUUCAAAAUAUCGCAGCUGAAGAAACUAGAUGAAAUGUCCAACAAUUCGGCGGUGAACGUAUUCGGAACGAAUCUGCCAAUUUCGCACAUUGCACAAAUUGGUGUAUCGAUAGAGCCGGAAUCAAAUCUAAUGCAACAAACGCCGGCAACGACAACCACUGAUACCUACUACCAGUUUGGGCAGAAAAUGGUCGAGAAUUUCUUCAAUUUUGUGAGCAGUUUUUCCGUUACCCAGUCGCAGAUGAUGCCGAACCCGAACGAAGCGUUCGUUCCGCUGUCGACGGUGCAGACGUGGUUCACCAACUUCCAGCGCCGGUUGCAGCAGAAUCCCAGCUUUUGGAAAAGCUAAAUCAAUCGGCGCAUUGCAUGACACUAGUCCGGGCACGAUUAAGGUACUCAGGGCGGGAUAGGUUAACCUACACCAAAACGUGGCGAUGCGAAGGGGGGUUUUUCAUCUACGAAGGAAGUUAACUAAGAAAUACAGUGUAUAGAGCAAUAGUUCGCGCGGUUUUCAUUAACGUAAUUUACCAUGUGUUGUUUCUUAUUCUACUAUUCGUUUCUUUCAAGCAUUUCAUUCGGUCCUCGGAUUGGAUGGUUAAUAAUUUUACCUGUAAUAAAUGAUUUUGGAUGAAAUAGUA